CUCUGGCACGGCAUUGCAAUAAUUUGCCACUGAAGUCUUCUUCCACAUCCGGUGACAAGGGGUUCUUCAACUUGAAACAAGGAGAAUAUUUACAUAUACAGUGGCAAUGAACUUUAUUCAACAUUUGCUUGAAAUUUCGAAGUGCAUAUGGGAUAAAAUCAUGAUACUCAUGGGUUAUAAAAGAAGCCCGACAACGAAUAUCGAAGAGGAGCUUAGCAAAAGGGAUGAACACCCUAUGAAAGCCUUUGGAUGGGCAGCCAGAGAUCAUUCCGGUGUCCUCUUUCCAUUCAAGUUCUCAAGAAGGGCAAUAGGUGAUGAAGAUGUGAGGUUCAAAGUGUUAUAUAGUGGGAUCUGUCAUUCUGACCUUCACUUCAUCAAAAACGAAUUAGGAGUGUCCCAGUAUCCUCUUGUCCCUGGGCACGAAAUUGUGGGGGUUGUGACAGAGGUGGGUUCCAAUGUACAAAAGUUCAUGGUUGGAGACAAAGUUGGUGUAGGUUGCUUGGUUGAUGCAUGUCACUCGUGUGACAACUGUGCUGACAAUCUUGAGAAUUAUUGUCCUAGACUUGUACUAACCUACAAUUCCACCUACUAUGAUGGAACUAUCACAUAUGGAGGUUUUUCUGAUACCAUGGUUGCUGAUGAACAUUUUGUUGUUCUCAUGCCUGAUAGCCUCCCUCUUGCUGCUAGUGCCCCUCUCCUAUGUGCGGGGAUUACUGUUUACAGCCCUUUGAAAUAUUUUGGACUCGAUAAGCCUGGUAUUCAUGUUGGUGUAGUGGGACUGGGAGGGUUAGGCCAUGUAGCUGUAAAGUUUGCGAAGGCUUUUGGGGCAAAAGUGACGGUGAUCAGUACCUCUUCUCAUAAGAAGAACGAUGCGAUUGAUCAUCUAGGUGCAGAUUCUUUCUUGUUCAGUCGUGACCAAGAGCAGAUGAAGGCUGCAAUGGGCACAAUGGAUGGCAUCAUUGACACCAUCCCUGCAAUUCACCCUCUUCAACCAUUGAUUGGACUCUUGAAGUCUCAUUCAAUAUUGGUCUUACUCGGGUUACCAGACAAGCCGCUCGAGUUGCCAGUCUUUCCUUUGCUUUUAGGGAGAAAGAUAGUCGCCGGUAGUUAUAUUGGGAACUUGAAGGAGACACAAGAGAUGAUCAAUUUUGCAGCAAAUCACAACAUAACAGCAGACAUUGAAGUUAUUACAAUGGACUAUGUUAACACUGCCAUGAAGCGUCUUGCAAAAGGUGAUGUCAAAUACCGAUUUGUAAUCGACGUCGGGAACACUUUGAAUGCCGCCUAGAGGUUCCUAAAAUGUAAUUAUUAAUUUGAAAAGAAAAAGUGUCAUGUG